UGGGAGCGUGUGCUGCUGGGAGUUGUUUGGAGGUUGGCAGUGCGGGGCUUACGGUCCUCAGGCAGGGCGAUCAUGUCGCACAAGCAGAUUUACUAUUCGGACAAAUACGACGACGAGGAGUUCGAGUACCGGCAUGUCAUGUUGCCCAAGGACAUAGCCAAGCUGGUCCCUAAAACCCAUUUGAUGUCUGAAUCUGAAUGGAGGAAUCUUGGUGUUCAGCAGAGUCAGGGAUGGGUCCAUUAUAUGAUCCAUGAACCAGAACCUCACAUCUUGCUGUUCCGGCGGCCACUGCCCAAGAAGCCAAAGAAAUGAAGCUGGGGAGCCACUUUUCAGCCUCAAGCUUUAUACAGCUGUCCUCAUUUGCUAACAUCUUUCUGAUGACAUUAUUAUGUUGCCUUCCUGUUUCUCACUUUGAUAUUUAAAGGAUGUUCAGUACACUGUUUGAACGUGCUGGUGACUGCUUUGCUUCUUGAGCAGAACCAACAGGACCAUGGCCCAGCCGGACGACUGCUCUUUGGGUUGCAGCCUCAGCUAAGUGUGACCCCCCAAAACCAUUGUGAGCUCUGUAUCCAGCAGAACACACUUGGCAGAUGGAGGAAGCAUCUAAGAAUAAGACCAUGGCUGUUACAGGGAUUGUGUAAACUUCCUGUUUUGGUUUUUUUCUGCCAGGUGUUGUAUGUAUGGUGAUUUAUGUUUCAGUGUGUUGGAAACUUUCCAUUUUAUUCAAGAAAUCUGUUCCAUGUUAAAAAACCUUGAUUAAAGAGGAAGUUUUUAUAAUCUAA